CAUGGUGGUUGCACACACACAGAGAUUCAUAUACCUAGCCUGACAUAAAUUUUAUAUAUAGGUACAUAUAUUUAUAUACUAAAUAAAAUGUAAACUUUUGUGUAUGUAUGUAAGUUGGACAUUUCGUGUAAAGGUAGCCAUAUCAACAUACGUAUUAAUUUAUAAACGAAUAUAACUACUAGUUAUUUACAUAAAUAAUUUGCUAUAGUUUUGUCUCUGUUAUAAAGUUGACACACUGAUGAGACAGUUAAUUUAUAAAUAAAACAUUACAACUGAUAAUAAUAAAUAAAUAAUAAACAUAUUUAUUUUAUCAUAUAUAUACAUGCAUCUAUAAAAAAAUAAUGGUGUAUAUUUAAAUCACAGAAAAAAAAAGUGAGUGAAAAAGACAUACAGGCAGAUAAAGAUAGAUAAUCGUAGAAAAAAAAAAAAAGUAGAAUAAGAUACAAGAAGACACAAAUAAAUGACGAUUUUAAUUUGACUUUCAAUGAAGUUUUUAUUAAAAAAAAAAUAAAAAUAUACAUAUAGCAAUUGGAGUAAUGGUGUUUUUUUUUUUUGGAGUAAUUGAAUUAAAUUAUUAUUAAUUAAUAUAAAUAAAUUGAAAUGACACGUGAAGUUAAUAAGUUUAUGUGUUUAUAUGCAUUAAUAAUUAAUAAAUCAAGUCAACAAAAUCCUUCAUUGUUUAACAUCUUCAACGAUAAUAAUUGAUACUCAUUUGUGAAAGGAUGGCCAUUCGUGUUACUCUGGAAUGUGGUCAUACAUCGUCGUUACGUGUUAGAACAACACCAGAAGGAUAUACUCAUGAUUGGGAAGUUUUUGUACGUGGUGUUGAUGGUGCUGACAUAAGUCAGUACAUUGAAAAAGUGGUCUUCAAUCUUCAUGAGACAUUUCCAAAGCCAAAACGACUUUUUAAGGAACCUCCUUAUAUUGUCAAAGAAUCUGGUUAUGCAGGUUUUGUUAUUCCCAUAACAAUUUACUUGAAAAAUAAAAAUGAGCCAAAAGUAAUUGAAAUACAAUAUGAUUUAACAUUACAACAUGGUGGACCAACGAUAACAAAUUCUAUAAGACAUUCAGAAAUAUUUUCAAAUCCAGCUGAUGAUUUUAGAAAAAAAUUACUUAAAGGUGGUGGUAUACAAGUACAAAAUUCAGAAGAGAGUCACGAUAAAAGUGAGUCAAAAACAUCAGUACCAAUGGUGGGUAAACCAAAAUUAAGUGGAAGUGAAGGUAAAAAAUCUCAUCGUCCAAUUGAACCACGUAGUGAAUUUGCUGAUUUAUUUGGUGUUAUACCAAUUAAAAGUACAAAAGUAUCACCAGAAAAUAAAAAACCAACAAUUGAUAAAUCAAAUCAUCAUAAAAUAUCACCUGAUAAAUCAGAUAAAUCAGAUAAAAUUGAUAAAUCAAGUAAAUCAAAACAUAGCCCACACAAAGAUAGUAAAAAAAAUAGAACAAAUGAUGAAAGAAAAGAUAAAAAAGACAAAGACUCACAUAAAGAUAAAGAUAGAUCAAAAGAAAAAAGUAAAAGACCACCAAGUCCAGUGUCUAAAAAUAAUUAUCAAUCACCAAGUACAAAAAGGCCAUCAUCACCGGCUUUACCACCACCGCUACCACAAUCAUUACCUUCAUCAUCAUUAUCAUCAUCAUCAUCCUCAUCAUCUUCUUCAUCUUCAUCAUCAGCUGCAGCUGCAGCAGCAGCAGCAACUGCAUCAUCAUUAUCAUCAAUAUCAACAACAGCAUCAGCAACAACAACAUUAACAAUACCACCAUCAUCAUUACCACCACCAUCACUACCAGUACAAAAAAAACAACAAUUAAGUCCUCAUGAUUCAGCUAAUAUUCGAAAAUCUGUAUCACCAAAAAUACGUGAAAAAGAACAUAAAAAAUCUUCAUCAGAUAGAGAAAAGGAUAAAGAUAAAAUUAAAGAAAAUUCAAAAAUAUCAUCUGAUGAAUUAAAAAAUGAUAGCAAAAAAAAGAAAAAACAUAAAGAUGAUAAAGAUUCUGAUAGACGAGAAAAAAAUCGUGAUAAAGAACGUGAUAAAUUAAAAGAAUCAAAAUCAAUUGAUAAAAAAAUAACAGAAAAAUCUGAUAAACAUGAAAAAUUAGAUAAAGAAAAAACAUUAGAAAUAAAAACAACAAAAGAUGAUAAAAAAUCACCAAAACAAUUAAAAGAUAAUGAUAAACAAAAUAUUAAAAUACGUACAGAUAAAAUUGAAAUGACAAUUGAUAAAACAAAAACAGAUAUUAAAAUUGAAAAAGAUCGUCAAAAACAUAAACAUAGAAAAAAAGAUAAAAAAGAAAAAAGAGAUGAAAGUAAAGAUCGUGAAAAACGUGAAAAAAAAGAUAAACUAAAAAUAUCACAUACAAAAGAUACAUCACAAAUAUCAUUAGGAUCAUCACAACAAUCAAUAUCACAAACAUCAUCAUCAUCUACAACAUUAACAACACAAAUUACUGAUGUACAAGAUAAUGAUACAAGUGAUUCACCAAAUUCAGGUGAUGAUGAACAACAAAAUGAACAAAAAACAUUAAUUAAUAAUAAAAUAAUAGAUAAAGAAUUAACAAAAUUACCAAGAACAGAUUCACGUUUAUCAAGACCAUUAUCACCAAGUGCAUCACAAUCAAAAAAAGAUAAAAAUGAUAAAAUAAAAAAAGAUAAAAAUAAAUUAUCAAAAAAUGAAGAACGUGAAAAUAAAAAAAGAAAACGACGUUGUGAUAGUAAAGGUGAUGAAGAAAUACCAGUAAAACGUCAUAAAGAUAUUGGUUUUUCACCACCAUUAGAACCAGUAUCAUCAAGUCAAUCACCAGUAACUGUUGAACGUAAUGCAACAUAUAAUAAUGUUAAAGAAAAUGAAACAAUUGAAUCAACAAUUAAACAAAACUUUGAGACUGAACCUGAACAAAUUGCACCUGAUUCAACAAAUAAUAUGCUUGUUGGUUCAGAAAAUGAUGAACCACUUGUAUUUUCUGAUGAUUAUGUAUCACAAUUAAAAGAAUUACAACAAAAAAUUAUGACACUACAGGAUAAUGAUGAACUACAAAGAGUUGUACAAGUUAUUGCUGCAACUGGUCAAUAUGAAAUAACAAGAAAAACAUUUGAUUUUGAUCUUUGUGCACUUGAUCGUAGAACUGUACAACGUUUGCAGCAAUUCUUUUCUGCUUCUUGACAAAUUGAUAAUAAUUAAAAUUACUAACUCACUUACUAAUCUCUUGCAAUUAAUUACAGAGACUAGUUUUUUUUUUCUUUUCUUUUCUUUAUAUACAACAAUUGAUUCGUUUUAUCAAAAGUUUAAAUUAAUUGUUUACAAAAUUAAACGGUUUUAAAUAAUUAUUAUUAUUUACAUUGAAAAUUUAUUUAAUUUAAUAAUUCAAUAAUCAAUUAUGAUUAAAUUAUAUUUUACUUGGAAUAUUUAUUUAUUUUUUUUUUUUUUUGUCUUUGUUAAUAACUUAUUUAAUUUUUAUUAUAUGCAAUUAAUUUUGAACAUCACAAUUAAAAAAAAAAAAACUCAAUUUAAAUUGAUAUUAUUAUGAGAAAAAAAUAAUCAGAAAAUUUGUAAUUAAUUUUGAUAAUUUGUAAAUACCAACUCAAUCGAGCUUUACCUGGGUAAUAAUUGAAUUCAUACCAGAUAUAUAUUGAUAUAUAUAUUUUUUUUCUUUUUCAUCGGUGAUUAUUUUACUUGUUUACCGAGCCAAGAACAUAUUGUAUUUAUAAUAAAAUUCUUUUAGUUUAUAAGUAGAUUCAAUUGAAAAAUGUAAAUGAUUUUUUAAAAAAAACCACUAGAUUACAUUGCGCCAAACUGAAAGUAGUUUAAAAAAAUUAAAUUGUCAUUAAACCCUCAUCAUUGCUGACAACAUUGCCAAAUAGUUCACCAAUUAAUUCAAUAACAUUAUACUCGUCUUCGAUAAUGUUGGGGUAUGAUUUUAAUAUUUAUUUUUUCGUAAAACAUAUUCAGUUAUUUUAUUUCAAAAAUAAAAAUUAUACUGAAAGUAAAUAAA